AUGGAUUUGGAGGAAAAUGAUUUUUCCAACAUGAAGGAUAGCAGAAUGAAGUUUGAAGUCGGCUUCACCAGGCCUAUGAUCAUAUCACUGCUCGUCUGGAUGUUUUGUUGUCCCGUGUUCGGAGGAGUUGCAUUCAUUUAUGCAAUUCAGGCUCAGGUGUCAGCUUUCGCAAACAACCGUGAGCUUUCCAGCGACAAUUUAAGAAAAUCCAAACGCUGUGUGAAGUUUGGAAUAAUUCUUGGAGUGUUCUGGUUCCUCCUCCUUUGCUUAUCUUUGUUUAUCUACAUCAGAACUAUCGAACAUCGUUUCGCCAGUGUUAGUGAAAAUGCAAAUUCAUUCAGAGCUAAUGGAAAUUUUUUUCAAGCUCCAAACAAAAAUGCAAAUUUGUUUCAAACUCUAGACAGAAAUUGA